AUGAGUCGGACGCCAUUUUGUUUUAAAAACGUGAAAACUUGUGAGUUGGAAGAAAAAACGUCCUCAAAAUACCUCACUUUAUAACCCUUUCAAGGCUCUUCGAAACAUCCUACUUCAUAUUUAUGUAAAUUCUUUGUUACAUUUAUAUUCAAGAUGCCUAAUAUCAAGUUACAAAGCUCAGACGGUGAGAUAUUUGAAGUGGAUGUUGAAAUCGCAAAACAAUCUGUCACUAUUAAAACUAUGUUAGAAGAUCUUGGGAUGGAUGAAGAUGAUGAUGAUGCAGUCCCUUUACCAAAUGUUAAUGCUGCUAUCCUAAAAAAGGUGAUUCAAUGGGCGACCCACCACAAAGAUGACCCACCUCCCCCGGACGAUGAUGAAAACAAAGAAAAGAGAACAGAUGACAUAGAUCCAUGGGAUCAAGAGUUCCUUAAGGUUGACCAGGGAACUCUAUUUGAAUUGAUAUUGGCUGCAAACUAUCUCGAUAUCAAGGGGUUACUAGAUGUUACAUGUAAAACUGUAGCUAAUAUGAUUAAAGGUAAGACACCAGAAGAAAUCAGAAAGACCUUUAACAUCAAAAAUGACUUCACUCCAGAAGAAGAAGAACAGGUGCGGAAAGAGAAUGAAUGGUGUGAAGAGAAGUAGUUGUACAGAACAAGCCUUGGGAAGCCAGACCCUUGUAGUAUCUUUUGGUUAUUAUUUCUUUUUUUUCAUCCUUUUCUUCAACUCACAUCUUAAUUUGAACCGUGUUUUUCUAAAUGAAAUCUUAGAAAGUUUGCUUUUCAUUUGUGGAAUAAAAAUGUUACUUUCCUUUACAGUAACAUUAACAUAUUAUUGUAACGACAUAUUAAAUAGUUGUCUAAUUGUAUAAUAUGAUGAACCAUUAAUUAAAAAAUGAUUGUUUACUACAAAUUAUGUAGUGCACAGCAUGGAUGCUGGUUUUUGGAUAACAGCUGGUAUCCUGCGUUUGAUAUGCUAUCAUUUACAGUGCUACUACUAUAACCAGGGUCAGCUAGACAUCAAGAGCCAAAUAAAUUGUAGGAUGAAUAAUAAUAAUAGUUUAUUAUUUGUAUUGCACAACUUAACAUGUUAAUAUGAUCAACUGCGCAUAAUACAAUACAAUACAUCCGAACUUUAGGUAGCGGAGCCAAUCAAAAACAAGCAGAAAACAAUAGCCACCAAAGAUAUCUUUUUAUCCUCACGAGAAAAUGACAACAGCUGUCUAGUUGUUUACACGUUGCAUCAGGGUCAAAUUACCAUUCUCAUGCAGUCUAGGUUUCUGAUUGGUUGGACAACACAAAGCUGGAAUGUAUUGUUUACAUUCUAGAUUUUAAUUGGUUCUCUUGUCGAAGUGGCCCUGGUUACAGUACUUGCACUGUAAAGGCAUGAUGUGAAUUAAUGAUGGACACAUUUUAUAACAUUGAAUAACUAUAUUACACAUGUUCUCCAUGUGACCAGUUGGAGCUCUCCAAAUGGUCACGUGAGUUAACCAAAAUUCAAAAACAUCAUCAAUCAUUAUUUUGGAGGUGCUAACAGUACCUACAAAAAAACAAUACUCAAGAGAAUGGAUGACGGGGGUCUAAAUGGAAAAUGUUAGGCCCUUAAUAAGCUUCCAUUGUUAAUACAUGUACCACCAAUUCAACAAAGCCAUCAUGUCUUUGCACUAUCAAUACUCUUGGGAGUUAAUAGCAGAAGUCUUUUAUGUCAUAAUCGUUUUGUUCUAUCAAUCAGCAUGGCUACCACUCUUAAAAAUGUAAAGGUAAUUUAUUUCACUUCGAUAACAUGGGGAGUGGUGGCCCAAAUCUCCUGAGCCAAGGGCUCAUGCUUAACACGCUCAAAGGUGCGCCCUCUACCCCCUCUUACUAUCAGUGCUCCUUUUUACGGGUAUUUAAAGCUAAUUAAAGUUACACAGAACAGAGAGCAGAAACAGAUGCAGAGUUCCUGAGGAUCAAACUAUGGACCUCUAGCUCUGAAGGCCACGCACUAACCAACUGAGCUACACCUGCUCCUGUUUUCUUCUGGUAGUAUUUAGAAAUGUUACUUAACAGUAAUAUGGAUCUCAUUACAAAACAAUACAAUGCGAUAAACUUUAUUUAAAGAGAGUGACAUAUUAACCCAGUGACUUAACUAACUUACGACCCUCAUUCGAACAAUGAAAGUUAUUGCUCCCAAGCCAAAACAAUUCAUUGUGGUAACAUUUGCCAACAUCGCCCUUUUUGGGAUGGGUAGCCUAGUCGUAAAAUACCUUCUUUUUUUUUUGUCCUGAUUCCUUCCUGACAAAAUGGAAAAAUUGUGCAAUAUUACCCAAGAUUCUUGGAAAUGGUUUUCACAGUACAUUAGUAGAUCUAUGUGAGUGUCUUUCAAAUCUUAGCAACUUAUUUUCACUCUGCUUUUAGAGUCUUAGAAGCUCAGGUGAAGUGCCCCACCCAGGUACCCCACUCUACCCUGCCCUCAGGAUCUUGUUGUCAUAUUUUUUUCCCAUUCUGGGCUGCUCCCAUUUUAUGCACUAUGCUAAUACAAAUAACUAAGGCCAUCAUAAAAACAGCAGAUACAUGUAUAAUAGUCAUAAUACACUGUUUCACCAAAUCCUUUUAGAAGCGGAUUUCCCGAAAUGCAAAGUCUUUACCUGUAAAUUAUAAAUGAAAUUCUAGAGAGAAAUACUUCAAUUUUGUUCACACUGCAGAAUUUUUUUCACUUGGCAGUUUAAGGUUAUUGCAUUACCAUUGUGAGAGGAAAUUCCAGUGUAACAUUAACACAUUUUGCAACAUUAAUGGCAACACUGUCUUGCAUAAACAAAUUGCAGAAAGUUUUUGGGGAGUUUGAUCUUUUCCAAGCAAUAUUUUGAAAUUUGUAUUUUUUGAACUUGGUCCUGGUGCUACACUUUUUCUGUGCAGAGCUUUCCUUCCAAACUAGUUCCCGUCACGGUUCCUCUAACAUCUUGAAUGAAUUAUGAUGAAAAACGAAACAAACGGUGGAUUUCUUGUUCUCACUGUUGAUUUUAAAACGUCACAGUAUCUGUCGUCUCAGCGGAUGUUAUAAAGUGCUUUCUCUUUUUCUCUACAACUUUUCUGUUUAGAUUAGCUUCGUUUGUUUAUAUGUGACUCGCCGUUCAUCUCUUUUCUAUGGUAAUUAUCAUAAUUAUUUUAUUCUAUAUGGCAGAGGGACCGAGAGGGGACUGUUCUAUUGUUAUGAAAAAGAGGGACCUAAAUUUAUUUCUUAGAAGCCUGAAAAGGUUAUUAUCCCACAACAGUUUGUCGAUAAGUAUUCCUUCUUAUUUUUAGUAUUGAUAUGAUAGUUAUCUUUCUGUUUACUGUCAAAAAGACGUCAAUCAAACUUGUAAUUUGUUAAAGUCAUUAGCGUUAACCUGGACCCAGAUGUAGAGUGCUCACACUAAAUCCGUGAAACAAAUACUAAUUUUUUGCACUAAAUAGUGAUAAUCAAACAAUAGAAAACAAAGGAUUCUGUAUGAAAUAGUACUAAUUAGUACUAUUUAAUGUUCACAGUUUUAGUGCGUGCACGCUAAUCAUAAAUUGUGUAGUUCCAGAAAAUAUUCACAAUUUCUGUGGCAUAAAUAGGUGGUGGUGUUCUAUAUAUCCUCCAUAUUCUCUACCAUCAGACAGGGAGAAUAAAAUGACUGAGUGUAACGUUAAAAUAGCAAUGAAGUUGUACUCAAGAUCCAAAUAAAUUGCUGUAAGUUUUAAACACCCACUAAAAGGACAUGGAAACAAUAGAAGAAAAUAGGAAA